UUGUUGAGCCCUCAUGCUGACUUGCUAAAAAGCUUCUUCUUUUUUUAUUACAUGUUUUCACUAACUUUUACAUUGAAUUUGUAAAGUUUUAAUUAUUUUUUUAUUCUGUACUUACAUGUAACUUUGCUGACUCCGUUGUGACACGCAUCCCCUCAAAUGUCCACUAAGGGGCAGUAUCUUGCGCAUGCAUGGUCUGUUGUCCAAUAAUAAUAAUGAUCAACGAUAAUGCAGUUUCCUCUCCAUUCUCAGUGCAAGGGGUGUGUUACUUAAUUAACAUAUUACCAAACACAGGAUUUAUUUCUUGGACCCAGAAUAAUCCUAGUCCAGGACUAAAUUAUCUAUGGAGAUUUUACAUGGAGUGUGUUUCAGUCCAGGAUUUGGCUUUAAUCUGAGUUUGAACAACUGUCCCUUUCUCAUAUAUCUAAUUUUCUUCAAAUGACAAUUUUCUCUUAUGUUGUUGACCUUAUUUCCUAAUGUUGGCGCAGUGUGUAUUUAUAACACCCAAACCAUACCAUUUUAAUAAAUGAUCAGUGUCAUAUUACAUAAUGAAAAUAGAAGUUCAAUUUACCAAUUCAGUGUUAUUACUUUGGAAUUACAUAAUGCAUUCCGUACAUUUAAUUAGUGUUUUAUUAUUAUUAAUAUAUUUUGGUUUAAUUAUCAUGACGUAGCCAUGAUGUUAAUAGCAGAACUGCCCUAAGCGAAAGAGUUAAAUUCUUGAAAUGUGUUGAGUAGCUACUUGAGCUACUCUGUGAUUGGGCAAAAAUUCCGAGGUCGGACGGACCGCAGUUCCCACUAAUGCGGUCGAUUCCUUGAUGGCAAGUGGGAAACCGAUUCAAGACAAAUCAUUGCUGCUGGACGUUUCAGAUUUCAAGUGUUGAAGCCUUCCAUCCUGAAAGAAUGGGACUUUUAUGCAUUUGCCUGCUCAUUUGUGAGAUAAUCCUGUUGUCGGACUGUGCACGGGGGCCUCCCCGCGUGGCAGAGAAGAUUGCCCACCGGCAGACGGUGCGGAUCGGGCGCACCAUGAAGCUGCAGUGCCCAGUGGAGGGCGACCCGCCACCCCUCAUCAUGUGGACCAAGGAUGGCCGCAACAUCCACAGCGGCUGGAUGCGCUUCCGGGUGCUGCAGCAGGCACUGCGCAUAAAAGAUGUGGAGGGCGAGGACUCAGGCACCUUCAUCUGCAAGGCCACCAAUGGCUUCGGCAGCGUCAACAUCAACUACACCCUCAUCGUCAUCGAUGACACCAGCACUGGGAGGGAUGGAGCUGGAACAGCGGGAGAUGCAGAAUACAGCACUGACCAGUUAGGGAAAUUUGUCCGACCACGCUUCACACAGCCAGCCAAGAUGAGGAAGCGCGUGAUAGCCAGGCCAGUGGGCAGCUCAGUACGGCUGAAGUGCAUGGCUAGCGGGAACCCUCGUCCAGAUAUCGUGUGGGUGAAGGACAGCAAGCCGUUGACCCCUGGGGAGGUGGGUGAGGGCCGUAAGAAGAAGUGGACUCUGAGUCUGAAGAACCUGACCCCUGAGAACAGUGGGAAGUAUACCUGCCACGUUUCCAACCGGGCUGGAGAGAUCAACGCCACAUACAAAGUGGAAGUCAUCCAGCGGACAAACUCCAAGCCCAUCCUGACCGGCACUCAUCCGGUGAACACCACAGUAGACUAUGGUGGCACAACCUCGUUCCAGUGCAAGGUGCGCAGUGACGUCAAGCCGGUGAUUCAGUGGCUGAAGCGGGUGGAGCCGGGGAACGAGAACAAGUACAACUCCACCAUCGAGGUGGGCGACCAUCGCUUCGUGGUGCUGCCCACGGGAGAUGUAUGGUCCAGGCCAGAUGGCUCCUACCUCAACAAGCUGCUCAUCACCCGUGCCAAGGAUGAGGAUGCUGGCAUGUACAUCUGCCUGGGCGCCAACACCAUGGGCUACAGCUUCCGCAGUGCCUUCCUCACUGUGCUGCCAGAUCCAAAGCCUCACCACAUCCCUGUCCCCACAGCCAUCUCUCCUAGCCUGCCCUGGCCUGUGAUCAUUGGCAUCCCAGCCGGCGUGGUGUUCAUCCUGGGUACUGUUCUGCUGUGGUUCUGCCAGUCCAAACACCAUUGCUCCUCUGGAAGGGUAGUUACCACCCACACCUCACAGCGCCCGCCCCCCCGGGUGUCAGCCUGCCCACCAUCUAGCGGGGACAAAGACUGCCUGGGCUCUCUCACCUACGAGGAGUACAUUACCCAGCAGCAGCAGCUCCUUCUGGCCCAGGGAGGCAAUGGCCUGGAGGUCCCCAAAGUCUACCCAAAGAUCUACACGGACAUUCACACACACACCCACUCACACGUGGAUGGCAAAGUGCACCAACACCAGCACAUUCACUACCAGUGUUAGUUGCCACUGUCUCGACAGGGAUGCUCAUAUGUACAAAAGCACUAACUAAUGCAGUGUUGGGUCGGCUCCCACCACCUACACCUUCGCCUCCUCCACGUGCCCAGUCCUGCCUUGAUCCUACAGACCCAGACAAACAGUCUGAGCCCGGGUGCUUCACACAAACCCCCUGACUGCUACAUACUGUUCUGUACUGAACAAAGCCUAGGGGAACAUGGAUCCAGUCAGGAUAGAACCCUCCAUGAGGUACAGAACAAGGGACAUGGCAAUGCCGUUCAGGAAUCCCACAUGUAAUAAUGUGAGUCCAAAUGGAGUAACAUUUCAUACAGACAUUUCACAUUAAACUCCACUCUGCAGAGAAAUAGAAACAUUUGUUUCUCUAGUCUAGAACAAUAUGAGCAAACUCACAGUGGCUGAAAUGAGUGAAUGUAUACAUUUAGCUAUGUCUCAUUUGAGAGUCUUUACUCUGUAUGAAAAUGGCAGCAUUUCCUGCAACACCCCAUCUCCUCUCCGGCCUGCUUUCAUGUGCAGUGACUUUGGAAGGGGCUAAGAGGAUCAUGUACAUUAGCUCUGGAUUUUUGUCAGAUGCACAACCUCAGCGAGUAACAAAAGGAGUAAGUUGCGAUGUAAAGUGUUUGCAGAUUUUAUGGUUUGGUUAUGGGUUGAAUCAGAAUCCUCAUGUGCCAUCCUGAGUACCUCAGAAGCAGAUCAACCAGCAGAGACAAAGCGUGAUUGAGUAAACAAAGGUCGAAUGUAUUCUGUUUCUCAAAAUGGUUAUCGUCAAGGAAAAGGACCUGCAAGGCAUUACAAUAUAUAUUUGUAUAUUGUAUGUGUACGUGAAUGGAAAAUUAUUUAUCUGUAGUAGGAAAUGGUAUGAAAUCCUUUAAAGAAGGUUUCUUUACUGGAGGUAAAGGUCCCUAAAGCGUGAAACACACAGAGAAUCUUACUACCAAUAGACUGCCGAUAGGUACAUGUUUCGUGCCGACCCGGUAGCGUUGUUUCUACUUGUAGAAUUGCAAUACUGUUCAGUGGCCAACGACUUGACUUUGAGCCAAUCAGAGAGCAUGAACCCCCACGUGGGGAACCCAACGAGUGACAACAUAAAGGAAAAAAAGAGGGCAUUUUCUCUGUACAUUCACGGUCAUGAGUCAGUCACACUUCAUAUGCAACGUAGGCUAUGGACUGGUAGCUAGCUAAGUGCACAGACUAGAGGUCUUCACGGGUCCAAAAUGUUAGGAAAUGGACCUGGGGCUUUCGCACCCUGACCCGAUAUAAAUACAUUUUUAUUUAGAGACCCGAACAGACGCGACGAGAUUGAGACCCGUUCCGAACAGACCUGGUCGGAGCCAAACCUGGUUAGAUCCGAGUAAGGGAAGCAGCAGAAAAGUCUUUUUUUAAACUACUUUAUUAACCGGAGCUAAUCAAGCGUGAGGGGAGAGAGAGGUGCCGCUCUAGCAGAUGGUGGAGCAUGGAGGGAGAGACAGCAACCAACCAAGCCAACUCACGAGAUAGUAGACUAAUUGCUUCCAUAGCUAGAUUAUUUAUCAUCAAAUAUGAUCCUUGUCUUGACUGCAUCAAGCCGGGAAAAGCUAGCUAACUUUACCUAGCUAGGCUAAUUGAGGCUGCAGGCAUGUGCUUUCUCAUCCUACAGUUACAAAUAACAACAACUCCAUUCGGAAUAUUAAGUAGCAGCCUUCCCGUUGGCUCUUGGUUGUUGUAGCCUAUCCUUCUUCUUUAACUGUUAAUUCCGGCAUUUUUAUUCCAUCUUCCAUUAGAUAUCUCCUAAAUGUGCCACACACUUUUGGUUCUAGGACUGAAUAGCCUAUUGCCGCUUUGAUUGGCCAACAACAACAAGCUACAUGCUCCACUCUCGUGAAAAACAGCAUAAAUGAUCAACAUUUUCUCUCUCUCUCUACAGAGUCGCAUUUGGAUAUGUACAGGCUCUUCCGGACAAGUCAGUUAAAAUUACACAUACCGGCGGCCUUUGACAAUCAGAUCCGAACCAGACCCGUGACAUUAUUUAGAAUUCCGGAUCCGCUCGGGUCUUGGGUAUUCAGGUACAGGUGGAUCCUUGAAGACCUCUAGCACAGACGCAUUGCACACAACACUGAAUACUUCUUCCAAUUUACUAACCACUGUAGCUAGUAUUGACAUUAUAAUUAAAUCACAAUGGAUUCAUUUACAUGAAACAGCUGCCUGUGUUAGCUGUCGAGUUAGUGCAGUGUCCUUAGCUAGCAAUGUUGUGCUAGUUUGCGAAUAUGCUGACUUUAGCUAGCUAGCUAAACAUUUGGCUAUGGGCUAGCACUGGCACUAUGGGAUUAUGGAGAGUGAAUUAAAUUGGUCUGACCCGGACCUCCUGGGCACCCAAUCACAAAAGAGUCAUUAAAUUCUUGAAUGCUCGUCCCUACUUACCACAGCCACAAAGUCAUACAGGCCACCUAUUCUUACAAUUUCUCAAAUUAAAAUGUGAUAUUAAACCUAAUCCUAAAUUUAACCAUAAACACACUGUUAACCUUAUGCCUAACCUUAAAUUAAGGCCAAAAGCAAAUGUUGGUUUAAAUGAAUUUUUACUAUAGACAAGGUGACUUUGUGGCUGUGGUAACAAACCCUUUUUAAUUCUCAGGUGACAAUCUUUCUUUUUGUCUCUUGUCCUUUGGAUGUGUGUGUAUAAUGUGUGCACUAUAUGAAAGUGUGUAAUAUGUAUUUGACUGCUCAUGUAAUGGCACCCUUUUUAAGCUUUGGGAAGGGAGAAGGAAAGCUUGCCAAAAACCAAAUAACAGUAUGUCAAGAUUGCUGCAUUGUCUGUGAAAAGUGUCCUCAGCCGAAUUGUUCAUUUGUUUUAUCCCAGUGUUUAUGUGUCAAAGCUAAUGGACUGCCAGAUUAUUAAUCCAUGCACUUAUUCCAAGUAUGUUGAUAGUGUUAAAGUUAAGAUAUUGCCCUCAGCUUUCUUUUGAGGAAUCUAGGACCAUGGAAUAUCCCAUGUCGAAUUGACUUAAACAUGUCAAUCCUAAGUAAUUGUCUAGACUAAGACAGUGUAUUUAAUUUAUUUUCAUACGCAAGAUAUUUUUUCUCCUACAAUUGAGCAUUAUGUCAUUUUUGUAUCCCAAAAAAAGACCAACUCGUCAGUGGAUUACAUUUUGUCUUAUAGUUACAGUGUAAGCUAUAUAGCAAAUACGUAAGUGUAAAAAAUAUUUAUAUGUGCCGUUCAGAUAUAUGGUAAUCUUUGUAUUGACAAUCUUGUACAGUCUAUUGUCUUUUAGGUUAAAAAAUAUUUUUGUCACAUGGAAACAUUUAAUCAUUUUAUUAUCACCAUUAAAAUGAUAGUAAAUCU